UGGGUGACAGUUUGUAGGCUUCUGCCCGCUUUCGGGUCUUGUGCUCCUUGACUCCCGCGGGCCAUGCGCUGUGGGGCGGCAUUGAGGGCCUGCCCGAGGGUCUGCAGGCGCCUGAUUUCUGACCUUGGUGGCCGAGUAGAGGGGGGGCAGCCGGAGCAGUUAACAGGGAGUAGCGCCCUCGGAGGGCCUCUGAGCUCGCACGCGGAGCCACCCGCGGGGAGCGGGCCGGGAGAAGACCCCGAGCCCGGGGCAGGCGGCGAGGCGCUGGUAGAGCUCUGUCAGAGGAGGCAUUUCCUCAGGAACACGGAGCUGCCGCUUAGCCGAGACUCUCUUCUGAGCGGGUGCCACCCCGGCUUCGGCCCCUUGGGCGUAGAAUUACGGAAGAACCUGGCGGCGGAAUGGUGGUCCUCAGUAGUGGUGUUCAGGGAGCAGCAGGUCUUGCGGGUGGACGCGCCCCACCACCAGCCGGGCCCUUCGCUGCCGGGGGACGGUGCCUUCAGGUUAGUUUCUGCAGAAACUCUACGCGAAAUCUUGCAAGACAAAGAACUGAGUAAGGAACAGCUAGUAACAUUGCUUGAGAACUUACUAAAAACUUCUGGGAAACUACGGGAGAGCCUCCUUCACGGUGCCUUGUCACACUAUGUUAAUUGCCUGGAUCUGGUGAACAAGAAGUUACCUUAUGGCCUUGCUCAAAUCGGAGUGUGUUUUCAUCCUGUCUCUGAAACUAAACAUACACCUGAUGGUGUUAAAAGAAUUGGUGAGAAGACUGAAGCUUCACUUGUGUGGUUUACUUCAGCAAGAACUGCAAGCCAGUGGCUGGACUUCUGGCUACGUCAUCGACUCCUGUGGUGGAGAAAGUUUGCUGUGAGUCCAUCCAAUUUCAGCAGCAGUGAUUGUCAGGAUGAAGAGGGACGAAAAGGAAACACACUUUACUACAAUUUCCCUUGGGGAAAGGAGCCAAUAGAAACCCUGUGGAAUCUAGGAGAUCGUGAACUUUUACACAUGUAUCCUGGAAAUGGAUCUAAGUUACACGGUCGAGAUGGACGAAAGAAUGUGGUUCCUUCUGUUUUAUCUGUGACUGGAGAUCUGGACAGAGGCUUGCUGGCUUACCUGUAUGACUCCUUCCAACUAACGGAGAACUCUUUCACGAGAAAGAAAAAUCUUCAUAGAAAGGUACUUAAACUUCAUCCUUGCUUAGCUCCGAUUAAAGUUGCUCUGGAUGUGGGAAGAGGCCCCACAGUGGAACUGAGACAGGUGUGUCAAGGAUUAUUUAAUGAAUUGCUAGAAAACGGAAUUUCUGUGUGGCCUGGUUAUUUGGAAACCAUGCAGUCCUCCAUGGAACAACUUUAUUCAAAAUAUGAUGAAAUGAGUAUCCUCUUCACUAUUUUGAUCACUGAAGCUACUUUGGAGAAUGGAUUAGUAAAUCUGAGAAGUAGAGACACCACCAUGAAGGAAACGAUGCAUAUAUCCAAAGUGAAAGACUUUCUGGCCAAGUACAUAGCAGCGGCCAAGAAUGUCUAGAUGCCAAUGUUUCUGCAAUAAAAG